UCGAUACGUCACGACUAACAUGGCGACAUUUGGCAGAUUGGUGAUGUACAGUUUAUCCUCGAAGUACGGCCGAAAGUCAACAUUUUUCACGUUUAUAAACCGAAAAGAAAGGUGGUUUUCUUCGGCGGCUGGUCAACCUCUCAACGUCAGUACCAGUUGUACCAAGAGACUUAAAGAAAUUUCAAGCGACGGCUCUAAUUUGCGCAUCACUGUGGAAGGAGGAGGCUGUUCGGGUUUUCAAUACAAAUUCGACUUGGAUGAAAACAUUAAUGACGAUGAUGUUGUAAUUGAAAAGGAUGGUGUGAAAGUUGUAAUUGAUGAGACAUCACUGGAAUAUAUACGUGGGUCAACCAUUGAAUUCCAUGAGGAACUUAUAAGAUCUGCUUUCCGGAUAGUGGAUAAUCCAAAGGCUGAACAAGGAUGUUCUUGUGGAGCAUCUUUUUCCAUAAAGGUAGACUGAUUG